CAACAUCCUGCCAGCAAACCGCGGUUUUUUCCUGCUGUAGUUACUGUAGCUGGCCGACUUGACCUGACCAGGUAUAAUCCACAAAGUCAUAGUUGCUUUCGUCGACAAGGUCUCGACCGAUUGCUUCAUCUGUCUCCGUCCUCUCUAGGGCUCAUCCGCUUGCGCGACAGAAGCCACAGCGCGCUGUCCAAACCGGGCAUUAGAAGAAGUGAAUAAUGCGGUGAGAGAGCAUUGUGGGAGGACUCUGUGGACGACAAGCAGUCCACUUAGAGAUAGAGAGGCGAACAAAAUCGCACGGAGACGCUCAAGCACGACUCCAGCAAAGGAAUCUCGACUUGUUUACCCUGUACCGGGCACAGAGGAGCACCGUUGCGCAGUCUUUACGCACAACCAGAGAGCGGACCUGGGGGGCGUCUGUCGCCACCAUGUCAGCGGCAACAGCUUCAAUAGCAGAUGUCUCCAGGACUGAAUUUAAAAACAGAGAUGACAGCCGUGACCGGAAUAAAGCAGGUCCGUCACAGACUCAGUGCACACCCAGGCCUCUUCCAGCCCUGGGCACCCAGAGGAUUAUCCAGGGCAACGGUACCAAUGUGGGCACAGUCAUUUCCCUGCAGUGCCCAGCCAAACACAAACUGGUCGGUAGUGAGCUGAUUUGCGUCAUGGGCACCAACAGCACCCACUGGGUGGGGGAGACCUACUGUAAACCUCUGGCUCCCUAUGAGGACUAUGGUUUCCGUGUGGCUGUGCUGGCAUCCAUUGUAAGCUCAGCUAUUAUCUUACUCAUGUCCAUGGCCUUCAUCACCUGCUGUUUGCUCGACUGCAUCAAAGAGGACAAAAGAAAAAAGGAGGAAAGGGAGUCAGACGUGUGGCAGUGGGAGGAGCAGGCCCAACAUCAGGAGGACAACAGGUCUCGAUACAGCCAUAAGGGCAGGAACAACAACAACAACAACACCCAAGAUAAGGGGCUUUCACCGUGGGACACCGGUAACCCAGCCAUGUGCGACAACAUGCGAGCCUGCAGAUGUCAUCAGCAGUACGCCUAUGGUCCUGCCCACACAUAUGGCCCCACUCCUCCGCUUUCUUCUCUCCCCGGCUAUGACUAUGAGCAACCUCUCUUACCCCGAAACCCAGAAUCUGCACAAAUCUCCGGUCCGCCACCACAGUACUUCGGACCUCCUCAGUCUUCCUGUCAAAGUACGAGCCCAGGCCUGGUCCACAUCUCAGGGCCAGGUUUAGUGUGGCAGUAUGGAGGACAGCAGAGCAGUUUGUCGGGAGUGAACCCAUCAACCACAGAUGAGUCCACCACAAAGAAUAUAAACCCUGCCAAAGAAUUUUCCAUACGGAUUAUAUCAGUGUGAGGACACAUUGCACAGGAGGUGAAUACCAUCAGUACUAACCAAAUAUGUACAACAGCGUCGCCUGUAUCGAUGAGGACUAGGGGAAGAAAUUACUGAACAUUCCUGGUCUUGUUGAAACGUUCGUGUCUGCAGUUCUACAGAGUAUGAAGGCUAUAUGGGCAUACUGAUCUGACAGACUUAUGUGCCUUUUGUAAACUAUAAUGGCACACUGCCCUCUGUCUGAAAAGGGGAGCCAUUGCACUUUCAGGACACCAGCCUUGUUGGACGACACUCCCUGUAAUUAGAAGUUCAAGAUACUUUCAUGUCCUUAAUUGAGCUUUUCAGAAACCAACUAAAUCGUUAUGUUGUGGUUAAAGUUAAUAGUUAAGGUGUUUAAAAGGAUAUAGUUCACAACACAUUGUAGGCAGCUGAGGAAGUUGUCUGAGAAACUCAUCUCAGGGCAGUUUGUUGGACGGGGUAGAGCAGCUGGAAAGCAGCCAGUAUGUAAAUAUCUUUUUUUUUU